GCGGGAUGCAGGCGUGCGGGGGCGGCGCGGCGGGACGCAGGGCCUUCGACAGCAUCUGCCCCAACAGGAUGCCGGGGCUGCCGGGCCGGCCCCUCGGCAAGCUCGGGAAGCCGGAGAGGAAGUUCGCCCCUCCGCGGAAGUUCUUUCCCGGACGCGCCGGCGGCAGCCCGGGGUCGGUGUACGAGGAUCACGCGGACGCGGAGCCUGUCGCGCUGCCAGCCCUCACCACCAUCGACCUGCAGGACCUCGCCGACUGCUCCUCGCUGCUCGGCUCCGACGCGCCGCCGGGUGGUGACCCGGCCGCCUCGCAGAAUCCUUCCCUCCAAACGGGAGUGGACUUCGAUCUGCAGGAUUUCAGAGACACGGUGGAUGAUCUCAUUGCAGACUCGUCCUCUUUGAUGUCACCUCCCCUGGCCAGUGGCGACUUCCCCUUCUCACCAUUCGGGCCCUGCCUCUCCCCACCACUGGACCCGCGGGCCCUGCAGUCACCGCCGCCGCUGCGCCCUCCAGACGUGCCCCCGCCAGAGCAGUACUGGAAGGAGGUGGCCGACCAGAACCAGAGGGCGUUGGGGGACGCGCUGGUUGAGAAUAACCAACUGCACGUGACGCUGACCCAGAAACAGGAGGAGAUCGCGUCCCUCAAGGAGCGGAACGUGCAGUUGAAGGAACUCGCCCGUCGGACCCGGCACCUGGCCUCGGUGCUGGAUAAGCUGAUGAUCACCCAGUCCCGGGACAGCGGGGUGGCGGCCGAGCCCCUCCUGCUCAAGGCGACGGCCAAGAGGAGCCUGGAGGAGCUGUUCAGCGCUGCCGGGCAGGACUGCGCGGAAGUGGACGCCGUCCUCAGGGAGAUUUCUGAGCGCUGCGACGAAGCCCUGCAGAGCCGCGACCCCAAGCGGCCCCGGAUGCAGCCACAGCCCGCGAGCCCCGACGGCAGGCCCGGGAACCUGCACGGCGCCUUCCGGGGGCUGCGCACCGAGGGCAGCGGGGGCGCGCUGAACCUGAGCCACAGCGCGCUGGAGGAGGGCGGCUCCUUCAGCACCCCUAUCCGCAGCCACAGCACCAUCCGCACCCUGGCCUUUCCCCAGGGCAAGGCCUUCACCAUCCGGACGGCCAGCGGUGGCUACAAGUUCCGCUGGGUCCCCAGCUGAGCUGGGAUGUACGCUCCCGCCCCAAAACACUGCCCUGAAUUUCGACUGAAACGCCUGG